CUGGCCAUUGGGUUCGAUUGGGUUGAACCCGACCGUCUCUGGCCGGUCCCAGCCCAAAGCCCUCCCUGAGCGGCGGCGGCGGACCUUGCCGCCCAUCCUCUACGCUCAAGGUUCGUUCUGUGCCCAGCUUCUUUGAGGGGAAAUCGGCCCGGCGGGAAUGGAGGAGACGGAUCGUGCACAAGGUUCCGUUCCCGAGCCCGGAGAAGAGCAGCAGGACGCGCCCCUGCCGCUGCCGCCCGCCUUCCUCGAGUUCCUCUGCGAGAACGGCCUGGACCCAGCGUUGUACUCCACGGCGGCCACCAUCCCGCGCUACAUAAGGUUAAAACCAGGCAUGGAGUCCCAGAUAGCGGAGAUCGAAGGUGAGUUGAAGUGUGUGCUCGAGAACGUUUCAUGGCUGCCAGGUUUCUAUGCGAUUCCGCCCGAAGUUCUGAUUGCUGGCUCCAAGGCUUAUCAGCAAGGGAAGAUCUAUGGAAUCGAUGCAGCUUCUGGAGCUGCUAUAUUAGCACUUGAUGUUCGACCAGGAGACCAUGUUCUUGAUCUCUGUGCAGCCCCAGGUGCAAAACUUUGCAUGCUUGCAGAUAUGCUUGGAAGCACAGGUUCUCUGACUGGCGUUGAUGUUGCAAAACACCGUCUUUCAGCCUGUCGUACAAUGUUGCAGAAGUAUUCUCUCGGUGACCGUACCCGGCUCUUUGUUGCUGAUGGGACUUUGUUUUCCAUUUUGCCUGUGAACUCCAACCUGCGAAGAAUGGAAGGGUCAAUUGGCCUUGAAGAAAAUGGAGGUACAUUCUCAGAAUGGACUUCGAGGAGAUCAUGGAAGGAUCGGCAGAAGGCUAAGAAAUUAAAUGCAACCGGUUCACAACAUCUACUGGCAUCUUCAGAACCUGAACUAAUAUACUAUGGUAAACAUUCAGGAUUAGUUGGGCUGUGUAAAGCUGAUGUCCUUUGUCCGGCAGUUGAUGAUGAAGCCUGUACAUCUGGCUAUGAUAAGGUCCUAGUGGAUGCGGAGUGUACUCAUGAUGGAUCCAUAAAACACAUUCAGAAAUUUGAGUUCUGGGGAUGGAAAACUUUAGAUCGCCGUGUACUCGAUGCUGAAAGAACUGAUAACCUGCUUCAGCUUCAGUUACAUCUUCUCACCAAUGGUUUUAGAUUGUUGAAAACUGGUGGAUCACUUGUAUAUAGUACUUGCAGCAUGACAAUUGCACAAAAUGAGAAUGUGGUUCAGCAAUUCCUUUCAACACAGCCUUCAGCAGAUUUACAAAAAAUUGAUUUGUCCGAUAGUUGGCCCUGCAGAAGUGGUGGCAUCCCCAAGACCUUGCGAUUUGAUCCUGUAACUUCGCAAACCAGUGGUCUUUUUGUUGCCAAGUUCAGUAAACUACCGACAUAAAGCAUUUUCUGGUUUAUCUUCCUGUACCAUCCAUGUCCUACUUAGUCGCCUUUUCACUUGAAAUACUGGUUUUCCUUGCCAGAACCAAAAAUGAUAAUAUAGUACAAGUUGGUUUUCAUGCU